AUGCCUGUCCAGAAUGCCGUAAGGGAGAGUGUCGUGGGUUUUGAUGACUGUAUGGAGAAUGAGGGGGUGGUCUUUCAGAGCAGUGACGCCAGGUUCAGCAUUGGCGCUGACGGGUCCAUCUACGCCCAGAGAGAGGUUACCAGCCUGACUGCACCGGUCCAGUUCACGGUCACUGCCAGCGGUCCACACGUGUGGGAGACCACGGUCAAACUGGCCCUGAUGGAGCUACCCACUCCCUCACCGCCAGGCAAUCAGAUCACAGAGGAAGAGGGGAAAGGAGGGGAGAGGAAGGGGGAAGAGGAGGUCAAAGCACCACCAGAGUUCCAGGCUCCACCCACUGUCAUCAUGUUUCCCAGGCAACAGGAGAUAAGCUCCAAGGGGCUGCGGAGACAGAAGAGGGACUGGGUGAUUCCACCAGUCAACGUACCUGAAAACUCCAGAGGGCCCUUCCCACAGAUGCUCGUCAGCAUCCGUUCGGACCAGGACCGGAACAUCUCCAUCCGAUACAGCAUCACGGGGGUGGGAGCGGACCAGCCACCCAAUGAGGUGUUCAGUAUCGACCCUGUCGCCGGCAAGAUGUUCGUCACCAAGCCCCUGGACCGAGAGAGGAGAUCAUCUUACCAUCUUCGUGCCCAUGCAGUGAACAUGAAUGGUGAGCGGGUGGAGAGCCCCAUAGACCUCUACAUCUAUGUCAUAGACAUGAACGACAACCGGCCUGAGUUCAAGAACCAGGUCUACAAUGGAUCUGUCGACGAGGGCUCCAAGCCAGGUACGUUUGUGAUGCACCUGGCAGCCUUCGAUCAUGAUGACAACACCACGGCCAAUGGGAUGGUGCGCUACCGGAUCCUGUCCCAGACGCCACACAGCCCCAUCCCCAACAUGUUCACCAUCAACAGUGAGACCGGAGACAUUGUCACCGUGGCAGCAGGCCUCGAUCGCGAGAAAGUGUCCCAGUACAGCAUCAUCGUCCAGGCCACGGACAUGGAGGGCAACCUAAACUUCGGCCUGUCCAACACGGCCACCGCCAUCAUCUCUGUCACAGAUAUCAAUGACAACCCACCCGAGCUCACCUCCAGAACCUUUUCAGGGGAGGUUCCAGAGAACCGGGUCAAUGUUGCGGUUGCCAACCUGACCGUGAUUGACCGCGACCAGCCACGCUCGCCCAACUGGAACGCUGUGUACAGGAUCAUCAGCGGUGACCCCAUAGGUCACUUCACCAUCAUCACCGACCCACACACCAAUGACGGCAUGGUUACCGUGGUGAACCCGGUGGACUUUGAGCAGAACAGGGCUUUCAUGCUGACGGUGGUGGUCAAUAACCAGGCCCCGCUGGCCAGUGGGAUCCAGUCGUCCCUCCAGUCCACAUCCGGGGUCACCAUCUCUGUGGUAGACGUCAAUGAACCGCCCUUCUUCCCCACCAACCCCAAGUCCAUCCGCUUUGAGGAAGGUGUCCCUGCUGGCACCUCUCUGACCACCUUCUCAGCCAGCGACCCUGACCGCUUCAUGCAGCAGAGCAUCAGGUAUUCUAAACUGGCCGACCCAGCUGAGUGGCUGUCCAUCAACACCACCAACGGUCAGAUCGUCACCACGGCAACCCUGGACAGAGAGUCCAUCUACGUCAAAAACAACAUCUACGAAGCCACCUUCCUCGCAGUCGAUAACGGCUCUCCCAUGGCCAGCGGUACAGGAACCCUCCAGAUCAAUCUGAUAGAUGUGAAUGAUAAUGCUCCGUCUCUGCUGCCCCGUGAGUCUCAGAUCUGUGAGCGCAUCAACCGCAACACUGGCAUCAACAUCACGGCUGCAGACUCAGACACGGACCCCAACGUAGGCCCCUUCGUAUUUGAGCUGCCCACCUUCCCCACCAGCGUACGACGCAACUGGACUGUGUCACGUCUCAACGGUGACUAUGCCCGGUUGAGUUUGCGGAUCCAGUAUCUGGAGCCUGGGGUGUAUGAGGUGCCUGUGAUUGUGAGCGACUCUGGGAACCCUCCGCUCUCCAACAGGUCCAUUAUAAAGGUCAAGGUGUGUCCGUGUGAUGAGAACGGAGACUGCACCCUGGUCGGGGCUGUGGCUGCCGCUGGACUGGGGACUGGAGCCAUCAUAGCCAUACUCAUCUGUAUCAUCAUACUGCUCAGUAUGGUGCUAGUGUUUGUGGUGUGGAUGAAGCGCAGAGAGAAGGAGAGACAGACCAAACAGCUACUGAUCGACCCAGAGGACGAUGUCAGAGAUAACAUCCUGAAAUACGACGAGGAGGGAGGGGGAGAGGAGGACCAGGACUAUGACCUAAGCCAGCUGCAGCAGCCUGACUCUCUGGAACACAUCAUCAGUAAGCCCCAGGGGGUACGGAGGGUGGAUGAGCGCCCCAUCAUCCCUGAGUCCCAGUAUCCCAUCCGACCUGCGAUCCCCCACCCUGGGGACAUCGGGGACUUCAUCAACGAGGGUUUGCGGGCAGCAGACAACGACCCCACGGCCCCUCCCUAUGACUCCCUCCUGGUGUUUGACUACGAGGGCAGUGGCUCCACGGUCGGGUCCGUCAGCUCCCUCAACUCCUCCAGCACAGGGGACCAGGACUACGACUACCUCAACGACUGGGGCCCCCGCUUUAAGAAGCUGGCCGAUAUGUACGGGGGAGGGGAAGACGACUAGGGCCACAGGGGGCCCUGUUAAAGAUCAACUUCCCCAAUCCACCCUACUCAGCUGGUCUGCCAUGCUCUCUCUGUCUCUACAAUCUUGGGAACUUUAAUACACACCACACACACACACAAACCAACCAACUGAACUGACCUAGCAACUGACCAAUCAAUUAAGCAACCGCCAUAGUGGACUGUGCAGCAUGGCAGCUUUGGGUCCUACUGUAUUAUACUGUACUGUACUGUACUGUACUGAGCCCUCUCCUGCUCCAAGACUGUCUGAGACUGAAACUUAUGCUCUGAUUUACAAUUUUUUCCCAGGUUUUUUGGUAGAUUAUGGGGUUAGUUACUUUUGUUUUAUAUAUAUUUUUAUUUUUUAUUUUAUUAUCUCUUGCUGUCUUCACUGUCCUUAAAAGCAAGCUAUUUUCUGGUGUUGGGAGGCCAUUGGCUCCCCAUUUCCCCAUCAGCCCGCAGCCAUCCCUUUGCAGAUAGUCCAAGCUGCAUAUUGCGUGACGGCGAAGAUAAUAAAAAAUAAACACCGAAAGUCAAUUAUUUCUUCUGCGUGGAAGGCCCUGGUUUAAUCUGUCUGAACUUUGAAUUCCAUAGAACAGAAGCACUGUUGUUUAAGAAGUGCCUUCAGUGGUGCGUAUUUUGGCUUACUCCCGCUAACUCAGGAUUGGUUCCCAUUUUCUGGGCUAACAUGGGGCAACGCCCCCUUAUAACCCCUCACCUUAGAACUCUGUCCUUCACGUCCCACUUCCUGUGUGUCAUGUCCAUCACCCUGUCAUGGAACCUGGUCAGACACAGGAGAAGUUGCAGAGGGGAUUUGCCUUUGGGGGUGAGGGGGUAUCAGGAGAGGAAGUGUUCUGUACAAAGACAUAUAUCUCCUUAGGUGAAGGACAAAUCUUUUAUUUCCAAUUUUUUAUUUCCUUCCAGUCUGAGGUUCUGAUACAAAGCCAUCAUCAGUGUCACAAUAGGAAUUAUCACACAGAUCCAGGAUUGGGACUGUGUCGUUAGACAACAUGUAUUUACUGUAUUCAAACCGUUAGUUAUUGCGGCUCUAAGAGCAAUUGAGUUUGGAUGGCUUUGUGACUUUGCAUUUUUGAGUUCACAUUACUUUGCACUUUUAACUUAAUGAGGCUGGGGAGCUCGGGACAGAGGGAUGACAUGUGUCACUUUAUAUGUGAAAGAAAAUAAUCAGUAGGAGGACGAAGGAUGAAGGUGGGUUGCAUGGUUCUGUCCCCUGUUUCCAAAGGUUAUCUACAUAGUUAUAUUGUGGUCUGGUUGAUCGAUGUGUUGAGGUAAACUAUAUAAAUUGUAAAAAAUAGAAAGGUGUGAAAGUAGAUAUUUUUGAAGUAUUAGUAAACGUCAAACAGUUUGUGCUCCAUGUCUUCUUGCACUGCUGGCUGAGAAAAAAAAAGUGUGAGACCCAAAGUUUCAAGCUUCGGAUUUUGUGCUGAUUCACUGUUGUGUCCUGACACACUUUUGAUAUACAAUCUCUGAUGCUGGUCCCUGUCGCAGCAACAACACAGAGAGAGAGAGAGAGAACUGAGAUUCUGCCAGGGACUUAGCAAGCACCACAAUCUGUCUCCCCUCAGACAUUUUCAUUCAUAUGAAAUUUUGGUGCAAGAGGUUUCGAAAAUCAAGUUGGGGAAAAUCUCUCGUACAAACUUUUUGGAAAGAGAGAAAGAAAAGAACUGCAGUUUACCAAAGCAGUGUUUAGUAGUGCUAAAUGUACCAUAAUAUGUUGGCAUUGAGGAACGGCAAUUUUAUUGUCUUUCAUGAAAACACCACUACCCAUGCAUCAUUCCUAUGAUACAGUAUACAGUACAUUUCCCCCAAUGUCAUUCAAUGUCAUUUCAGUUGAGAUUUACACUCGAGAGGAAUGUGAUUUCUACAUAGACAUUCUCUCUUUUUCUCUCCCUCCUCUCUAUCUCUCUCUCGCUCUAAUAGUAGAUUUGAUAGGGAUUGGGGAGGGUUAUGUAUUUAAUCCAUCCUCCAGUUCUCCUAAUAAUUAAGAGGAUGUUGGAUCCCUCCAGGUAAUCUCCUUGACGAAGAGAGAGAGCUCUAAACUCCUAGAUAAGAUGUGAGGACAGGAGGACUCAGCCUCCUAUGCUCUUCCUCCAAGCUCCCCCUUCGCUAUCAGGUUCUUUCCCUUUACACUGCACCCAGUGUCUCUCCCUCACAUCUCCCUUUGGUGAAAAAAUAUAUGUACAGUAUGCCUUA